GAGCGAUUUUGAGUGAUCAGGUCUCCGCCAAAAAUGCGCCGGAUCUUCGGAUGCGCCUUAGAAUGGAGUCCGGUUGAACACUUUGAGCAGCCUCUUUGCUCUUUGCCCUCUGCUCUGUGCAUCUGCGUCUGCGUCUGCGUCUGCAUUCGCAUCCUACAACUUCUCUUGUUGGUGUGGGGAAGUCGCAAACUUUGUCCGCCUUCUAAUUGUUGGAGUCUUGUUCCCGACUGCUUCGAGCCGCCAAUUUUGAAGAUAGUUCUGCACUUCAAUGUUGUAGAUCAUCCUUCUUUGCGCUCAAACUCCUACCGUACAUAACAAACCCAGAGCCUGUCCAGGUCUCCUCCCGGGCCAUUUUGUCGGAUCGAAACGAGUCCCUGCUGUCACAAAAGUCCAAUUCCAAGUCCGCUCGUCCCAUUCUCUGAGGCUUCGUCCUCGUUCUCGUCCUCUUCUACGAUGAAUCAAAUCUUCGAUGCCAGCGAGAUCCUCUCGCGCUCCGUCGAUGGCAACAACCCCGACAAUGCCACCGAUUACAUCCUCAACAAUAUCCAUUUCAACCUUACCACUUUGAACUACUGGAACUAUACAAUCUUCGGCAAUGGCACAAUCUCCAACGGCUCAUGGUGUUUCCUCACCUUUGAGCCAUAUGCACCGAAACUCUUAUACCCCAACGGCACUUUCAUCAACAGUACUUGGUGUUACACUCCCAUAAAGCAGAUCGGUACUCGCGGCAAGCUUGGUAUCACUUUCGCCGUCCUCUACGCCUUGACUCUGGUCUUCACCCUGCUCAAUCUGACCAGGCAUGGCAAACUCUAUCUCCCGGUCACCAAGAGAUUCGCUCCCAUCGGCAGAAGAUGGCAAUGGUACUGGGCUAUCUUUACUGCUGUUGCAGCCCUCAUUGGCUUGUUCACCGGCGUCGAUGUCGACCGAUACUACCUCUCCUCGAUACCCAUCGUCCUGACUAGCUUCUUCUGGUAUCUACAACAGAUGGGGACCAUGGCCUUGGUUUGGGAGGCCAUUCGUCACUGGGGAAGUUGGAUGGAACGUCAAUUCAUCGACCCCAACCCCUUUGUGCUACAACAAGACGACAAACGAGGCAGGUUCGAGCUGUUAAUCCCCCUCUUCUUCUACUUCUGGGUCUGGCUGAACUUCUUCUUAAUUAUUCCUCGCAGCUGGGGCAAUAUUGAGCUACAACGCUCCGAUGAGCAGACCGCCAUGUUUGCUGAGCCUACUGCUACUGAUGGACGAUUCAAAGCAGCUACGUUCUGCUUGUUCAUCGCCUGGUGCACGAUCAUGGUUUCACUGUGGCACUCUAUCCGCCAUUAUGAAGAACGCAGACGCGGCUUCCUCAACCGUGCUAUUGGUGGUUUCGGGUUCAUGCCCUUCCGAUUCGUCCUUCUGUUGCCACUCAGCUUGGCCAUGGUGGCAUACCAAGGUCUCGUCGCAUGGGAUUUCAAUGUCUCUCCUCUGAAGCAGGAGACCAACUACGUCGCCAUGUAUGUUGGUGGUUAUGUGCCAGGGCUCCUGAUCAUCAUUAUUCAGAAUGCCGCCGGCUUCCUGAGGAAGAACGAGGAUAAGGAACUCAUUAGGCAGCGUCGUGAGCGUGGCGCUGCUCUCGAUGCCGACAUGGGUCUCGUUCGCAAGCCGGCGUGGUGGAGACGUGUAAAUGGCGACCAAGGUGCUGGUGGCAUGAGGGAAAUGAUAUUGCGCAAUGUCCGUGAAGUCGGCGGCGGAAGAGCUACACAUCAAAAUGUCGAGGCUGCCGCCGCAACAAGGGCUCGCGAAGCUGAGGCCCAACAAAACGCUCCAAUCGAAAUGGGUCAAAUGAGACGUGCCAACAGCGUCGCCAGCAGCACCCGGACGGGAGCGAGUGCCCCACCUCCGUACACUCCCUACAGCGGUAAGUCAGAACAGCGUAGAGCGGACAACGUGACGCGAUAUGCCGCUGGACUAUUGUUCCCCAACGCAGCGCCACCACCUCCAGCACAAGCAACCACAACUACAACCAUAACGGCGGGUGAUAGGGGCCGAAGUACUACUGUGCCAUCCCGACGACCCGGUACUAGUGAAAGGAGCAACAGCACUCAAAGCGGUGUCUCGUUGAAUGCUCAACCUCAACAAGUGAAGAGCAUGUUGGAUAUUUAACCAACAGCCAUGGAUUGUGGUUUUCUUGUUACGUGUUACGAUUGCAUAUGGCGCUUUGGCUAUUUGGUGGGCUAUCCAUUCCUUAUCAAAACCAUGCUUCACGGAUUAGGACACAGAGCCCAAGUAGGAUAAACAUCGAUAGAUAUAGUGUUAAUACUCGGAUUCAAUUUCGAGAUGGCGAAGGCCUCUACUACAUGAACGAUAGUUUUAUACAAUGUACCUUCUUGAGAAAGAAAGAAAGAAAGAACAAAAGAAAGAAAGGUUGAGCGAAACCCACUAGCUUAGGCCCCUGCUCGCCUUCCACCGAUGUACUAUGACAGCACGACAACGACAACGACAACGACAACGACAACAAUACUCCUUCUCUACGACA